AUGAGUGUCCUUCGUCAUCGCCCUGGUGGUCCGCCUCCAGUCCGAAGUCCGGUGGAUUUAUACGGGCUCCCAACGUUGACCACUGCAGAGCGUACUCUUGUCGAUCAUGAUACUGCCCUCUUUGUCAGGCAGAUUUGGUUGCAUGCGCUGGCCACAGCUGGUCGCAAAGUCCACUUUGCUGAUGCGGCUUCGCUGUUAGCGGGCCGAAAGGCUCAGCCGUCUCACAGCCGCCUUAGGCUUGAAGGUAUCAGGCUAGAAGUUGGUUUCUUGUUGGAAAACCCAAUGCUUGUAGAUCGGUACGUUGAGCCUUCAAACCCUUUGUUUGGCAAUGUUCCCAGCUUUUGGAAUACCGGGUUGUGGAAUUUGUACGCAGAGGAGGCAGGUUUGUGGGAGGUGCAUUUCAACCAAGGGGACUUUGGACACGUGUGCGAAAAGCCCACCACGCUAGGAACCAAUUAUGCUGAGUUGCAACAGUUGGAAGAGGUGUCCCUGUCAAGCCCCAGCUCGCAACCGAAGAGUAGGAAACCUCCCUACAACGGGAAGUCUGCUGACCUUGCCGUGUGGGCGCCCGGCCUCACCCGCGCCAUCGUUGCUGCAAUUCAGAAUUGGCACACAGGAGUUGUGCACCCCUCCCAGUACACCUUGUCAGCCGACGUCUGUGGUCCCUUGAAGGAGGAGCCAUCUGAUGGACUUUCAGAAGAGAUGGCCCUCACUGAGGAGGAGCAAAGGGAGUUAGAGGAGUUAUUUAGCGAUGUAGAGCCCCCCGAGGCACCAGGUGAG